UUCAGCUCAAGAUGGCCAACAAACAUUUUUGCUCUGUCAGCAUUAUGUGUUUGUUUCUCCCCUUUAUAAAUGGCGUUGGUGGCGGUGGUCUUCCUAAGCCUGCCGCCACGGCCCACUGCUGACACCACCACCGCCGCCCACAGCCCCACACCGCCACUCCCCGUCAUCAUCAUGCCUGAGUACAAGCUCACCUAUUUCAACGGCCGCGGCAUGGGGGAGCUCAUCCGCUGGAUCUUCCUCUACGGGAAAAUACCAUUCACGCAGGAGAGGGUCGAGCUGUCCGAGUGGCCCGAGAGAAAGAAAGCAACACUCGGGGGCAAGUUACCAACGCUGGAGGUGGACGGCGAAUUGUUACUGCAAUCGUCAGCCAUCGGCCGCUACCUGGCCACCAAGGCAGGUCUGGUGCCUCAAUGUUCUUGGCGUGCCGCGCAGUGUGAUGCCCUCGUCGAUACAUUUAAGGAUGUUCUCUUCGCUUUGUUCGAUAUCGUUUCGCCGGAGGACCAGACUGAAGAGGAGAAGCAGAAGAAGCUGAGAGAGGAGUACUUACCACAGACGCUGGGGCCACUGAUGGAGCGUCUAGAACAACAAUUGCAGGGCAAGGAGUGGUUCGUUGAGGACAAGAUGACAUGGGCGGACCUGGCCAUCGGGCGUGCCAUGGAGGAGGUGUUCCAGCCGCUGCCUGAUUUGCGCCAAAAGUUCCCAAGGAUCAACGCACAGGCUGAAAAGAUCUAUCAGCUGCCCAGGAUCAAGGAACACCGCAAAACCCGCCCUGUUACCUCCUUCUAAGUUACCUGCAGCAGACACUACCAUUGUUACUUCCAUCGGUGUCAUCCUUGCCACUGUUCCUACUAUUACAAGCUAGUACAACAAUAGAUUAUAUAUAUAUAUAUAUAUAUAUAUAUAUAUAUAUAUAUAUAUAUAUAUAUAUAUAUAUACAGGCAAGCCCCGCUUAACGAAGGGGUUACAUUCCUAAAAACUCUUCAUUAAGUGAAACUCUGUUAAGCAAACCAAUUAUAACAAGUUUAACCCCUGACUUGAACUUCCAUUGUGAGUAAACAAAACGAGAGUGCAUCAUAGUACAGUAAAAGUUUUAAUGAAAGUAAAAAGUAUGAAGUUA